CCACGUUGGGUUGAGUAAUUUGAAUUCAUAUGGUGAAUUUUUGAGUGAUGGCAGACACAAGAUAAGAGAAUAUUUCUCCAGUCAUAUGGCGACAACAAGGGACUUAACAAAGCUUUGGGACCUCUUUUAGUUGUUUAUUUGUGUUGGUCAAUUUUCAAUCUUUGGACUGUUAUAUAUUUAGGCCUUGAGCGUACCCAGGAUGGAUGGCAGAUGGUCAGUUCCAAGAAGGGUAAAUCCAAAAUGCCUGAGAAGAAGUGGCGGGCCAGGGAACCCACUAAAAGCAUUCACAUACAUGCUGAAGGCCAGUGGACAGAAGGUCUAGGAGAAACGUCCAAAAAUUCAAAUUUAGAAACCCUCGUGGCAAAUGAGAGAACCUUAAGGCAAAAAGGGACCUACAACAUUUCUGACCCACAAAUUUUAUCACCACUCACUCUUAGACACUUGCAUGAGAACAUCUUUCAAUCCCCCAUCCUCGUGGAAGUUGAAGAUCCUUCAUUGUACAACCUAGCUAUCGUUCCUUACGAUGGUGCAUUUCAAACCCUUCAGGAGGAUGACAUUCCAGAGGUGGGGCACUUCAACAACCCCAAAGAUCUUGAAGAGAAACUUUUGGCAUUGGAUGACUUCCCCCCUCUACCAAAAAAGGGUACCACUGAGGUUCCUAAGAGCCCUAAAAUAGCAUCCACUGGAAAGGAAGACAUAGCCAGUGAGGUAGUGCAAUACUUCACAAGGGUCUUCUCCACCAUUAAUGAGGGUGAUAUGGGUGAUAUCCUAAGACACAUCACCAGCACUAUCUCAGAGGCUGCAAACAAAGCCAUUGGAGCCAUACCAGAGGAGGAGGAAAUCAAGAAAACUGUAUGGUCUCUCAAUGCAAAUAGCACAGCUGGAACUCAUGGCUUUAAUGGCUUUUUCUUUAGGGAUGCCCUCCUUACCCUUGCCGGAGGGAACUUUUCCGGUGGGCUGAGCAGUGGCAUAGUGAUGGGAGAAGAUUCAGGUAGGUCCAAUGACUCUCAAACAAAUGGCGAUGUCCCGUGCUGCAAAUGUGGUGUGCCCAUACAGCCUAAUGAUUUCAAUAUGUGUGCCCGUUGUUUACGCUCGGAGGUUGAUAUAACUGAAGGGUUACAGAAACAUGUCACCCUUACUUACUGCCCGGAUUGUGAAAGCUAUUUACAGCCUCCUGGAUUUUGGAUUAAAGCCCAGCCUGAAUCCCAAGAUCUUCUUGCAUUCUAUGUGGAGAGGCUGAAAGAUUUUAAUGAAGCUCGUUUGGUGGAUGCCGAGUUCAUCUGGACCGAACCUCAUUCCAAGAGGAUCCGAGUCAAGCUUAAACUUCAGAAAGAGGUUCUGCAGGGGCAAUCCUUGAACAGUCGUAUAUUGUUGAGUUUGUUGUCCAUGACCAGUUAUGUAAACCUUGCUCAGGAUCAAGGGGAUGAGAGGAAGGAUAGCAUCAAAAGAAGGAUGUUGGCAUUGCUUGAAGCUGUUUUCAAAGAAGGAGAUGGCUUCUGUCUUGAUCUCAGAGGGGUUGCUAGUGCCUGCUCCAUUUGGUUCAAUAAUAUGAGAUAUAGAGAGUUUCCUUCUCUUUCCUUUAACAUAGGCUUGAAAGAGUUUGGAGUUGGAAUCUCCCUUUUCCAGCCAUCUAAUGUUUGCCUUUUGCUUCCAGUAUUGGACUUCCAGCGGAUUGGAAUGCUCUUUCAAGCUUUUCAAGCACUGGUUUUAAAGCAACUAAGAGAAUCUUACUAUCACAAAGACACCAUCAUGAGGUACCGAUCAGACCCUUCACACGUGAUUCCAGCUGAUACGGUCAACCUCGACGAGAACCUUACAUACAAGGAGGAGCCGGUUGAGAUUCUGGCUCGUGAAAUCCGUCAGUUGAGGAACAAAACCAUUCCGUUGGUCAAGGUAGGUCAGAGGAUCAUGGAGCCUGACCCGGAUGACUGGCAAAGGUUUUCAGUUACAAGCAUUGCAAGGAGUUUUCUUGUGGACGGGCCUAAGAAAAAAACCGUCUACGUGACCUCCCCGGCUCGUUGGACCGCGGUGAUCCGGGUUCGCGGAAUAGGUGAAGGUGAAUCUACCACGAGGCCACCAUUAUUUGAUGGAACAAAUUAUACAUAUUGGAAAGAGCGGAUGAGGAUUUUCAUUCAAUCCAACAACUUUCUUUUGUGGAGAAUAAUUAAAAAUGGUGAAGAAGUGCCCACAAAGAAAGUUGGGGAAACCACCGUGCACAAAACCGAAGAUGAGUAUGAUGAGCGAGAUAUCAAGAAGAUAGAAAACAAUGCCAAGGCUAUCAACAUCAUCUAUUGUGCCGUAAACCCGGAUGACUACCGAAAGAUCUCUUGUUGUUCCACCGCCAAGGAAAUGUGGGACAAGCUAGAAGUCACAUAUGAAGGUACGGAUCAAGUCCGAGAAGCUAAGAUAGAUUUUCUAACCCAUGAGUAUGAACUAUUUCGUAUGAAGGAGAACGAGAAAAUCGACGAUAUGUUUGAACGAUUUUCAAAAAUCAUAAACGAUCUUCAUGCUCUCAAGAAGACAUACACGGACAAGGAGCUUGUGAGAAAAAUCUCGCGGAGUCUCACACUGGAAUGGCGCUCCAAAGCCGAUGCUAUCCAAGAAUCCAUCGGCAUCACCAAUGUCACCAUUGACGGGCUUAGAGGUAACCUCAAAACCUAUGAGUCUACCAUUCUUUAUCCCUCUUUAGGUGAACAAAAGAAGAAUGGGAUUGCACUCAAGGCGUCUACAAGUCAAGAACGUGAUGUGGAGGACUCGAGUGACAAAGACGAGUUCGGGGUCGUGCUUAAGAAAUUCCAUAAGUUCAUGCGCAAGGAGUUUGAACGAAAAGGAAAGAAGCAAGGAGAACCACCCAAAUGCUAUGGGUGUGGAGAAGUUGGGCAUAUAAAACCAAAAUUCCUAAAUGCCAAGAAUGAGAAGAAACCGUUCAAGAAGCACCGAGCUUACAUCUCGUGGGGAGGUGAUUCCAGCGACGAAUCAUCGGAAGGCGAAGAAAACGAAAGCACCAACCUUUGCCUCAUGACACACGAGGAACCACCGGAAGAGGUAUGUACCACUUCUAAAGAUUCCUACACUUUUGAUGAUGUUCAAGAAGCCUUCAAUGAACUUUAUGAUGAAUAUGUCAACGCUUCUAAAAUUAACAAGGAUUUGAAGAAACAACUUACUUCCAUGGAGAAGGAAGUUGAUAAACUAUCAAAAGAUAAUGAAAAACUUAAAGAAGAGAAUAUUUUUUUCGGAAAAAGAAGCGCCGACAAACCAGAAAGUCCCAAAUGUUGUUCUUGUACAUCACUUAAGCAACAAGUUGCAAAACUUGAAGGAACCUUGAAGAAGUUUGCUGUUUCUCAUAAAAAUCUUAAUGAUGUUCUUGAUAAUUUACAACUUACUAAACAUGGCUUAGGCGCCACCUCCGACGAUCGGCCGCUCCCCUACGCCCUCCUCGUCAUGGCGAUUCUUGAUGAGUACAACAUCAAGACCGACAUUGGGCCGAAGAUAAAGGGGACAAAGAAUUGGGAGAUUGAUGAAUCCUCCUUUCACUCGGGCACCGACGAGACUCUGUUUCGACAGCCUCAUCCACGACACCACCCAAGGGAUGCUUCUUCAAACACCCCAUCUCUAGCCGAGGAAAUGGCCGCCUUGACCGCCACCCUUUCUCGGAUAGACACCAACGUCUCCCAAACGGCCCAAAACGUUAACAUUUUGAGCCGUGAGCUUCACGGUUAUAUUGACUUUGUCAACUACCCUUUUGCUCAAAUGGUCCCUUACGCUCCUCCGCCAAACUUCAGGGGUGAACCAAGCGGGACUAACAACGUUGGUGGAGAAGAAGAGGUGAACGAUGAGGAAGAAGAGGAAGAGGAAGCCGAAGAAGAAGAAGAUGAUGAUGAUGUUGAUGAUGAUGAUGAAGAGGAAGAGGAAGACAUCGAUGAAGAACAACUCCUCGAUGAUCUUUCACCGGACUUCUAGAGCUCUAGCUCUUUUCUCUUCUCUUCUUUAUUUAUUUUUUUUUAAAUUUUCUUCCGUUAUGUACUCCGCUAUUUCCCUUAUUUUAAUAAAUUAAAAAUCUUUAU